UCUCCGUCUACCUGGAAUGUAUUUCCCUGAGAUGCAAUAUUAGACCGAGGGCCGAGUGGACGUAGUUUUGUGCUGUGAAGAGAUUUGCGCUGCGAGGGGAGCGGAAGAAAAAAAGCGUGCGCCGCGCUCCAACACAAAUCUGGGUAAACAAAUAUGACGGCCGAUUCGGACGCCGUCUUGUGUCUGCUCAUGACUGACGAUAUCGCCGGUAGAAUUGCAAACCUCGGAUGAAUUCCGGAAGGGGAUAAAUCGUGAUUUCUCGGAGAACGGAGGGACCUGACCCAGGUAGCGCAUCCAUCUCCCCGGCUGCGCGUAAUGGGAGAAAAGUUUCGGACCUUGCAGAAGAGACGCGCUCGCAGCCACCCCGCCGACGACGCGCUUGUAGAAUAACAUGCGAAUCCUGCCCUCCAGCCCGCGGCCGACCAAGUUUGAAGCUGAAUCUCAACGAUCCGGCGAUGACCUGAAAACACCCUUGAGGGGAUCGGAACUCGCAUCGAGCCAGUCAACGAGCCGAUUUGUCCAAAGGCGCGCGGGCGGACAUUAAUGAUCUAGAGAGGAUUUCCGCAGCAGAGGCAGCAGUGCAGUGAAAGCCUGAUCCCGGUUCGAGAGACAGAGAGAGAGAGAGAGAGAGAUUCCCCCUGGAUGUCUAUGAUGAUGUGCCAGCUCGGGCAGAGGUGUGUGAUGGAGGUGGUGGUGCUGAGCAUCCUGUCCUGGGUGUCCGUGUGGGCAGAGGAGAAGAUCAUAUUUGACAGACACGCUGUCUACUGGAACAGCUCCAAUCCCAAGUUCUGGCAUGGAGAGUACAGGGUGGCAGUGAACAUCAAUGACUAUCUGGACAUCUACUGUCCUUACUACGAGGGUCCUCCGUCCCACGGUCGCAUGGAGCGCUACAUCCUCUUCAUGGUCAACCACGAGGGCUACACUUCCUGCCAGCACAGAAUGCGAGGCUUCAAGCGCUGGGAGUGCAACCGUCCCAGCGGUCCUGACGGACCCCUGCGCUUCUCAGAGAAGUUCCAGCUCUUCACUCCCUUCUCCCUAGGCUUUGAGUUCAGGCCUGGACAUGAGUACUACUACAUCUCGUCUCCUCACCCAAACCAUGUGGGGCGGGCAUGUCUAAAGCUGAAGGUGUAUGUCAGACCUCCAGAUGGGUCGGGAUAUGAUUCUCCGGAGCCCUUCCUGACUGAUGGAGGUCCAAGCUGGAGGUCAGGGUCCAUGGCCCUGUUAGCUGUUCUGGCCUCACUGCUCCUGGGACUCUUCUCCUGGCUGUGA